AUGGACCGCCAGCAUUCCUCCAGCGGGCCCAGCCCGCCCCUAGCUCCUCCCGCAAAGACAGCCCCCCUCUCCUCUCCUCUCAUCAUCCCAAGCGACGACGUGCUCGUAUCUCCAGCAGCCCUCCUCACGUCAUCCCCGCCCUCUUCCAGCAAUUCGAGCUCAUCCAGUAGCCAAAACAGCUCUCCACCGAGAUCAUCGAUCCUACGCCGCACAGUUUCAGCUCUGCCGGCAUCCGCCCAGAUCGGGAGCAGUUCGUCUAAUAGUAGUGCUAGCGGGAGAGAGAAGAAGAUACUUCGUUUCACGCAGGUGCGUGUAGAAAGUACUGUAGUCAGUGGAAAGGGAAAGGAGAAGGAGACACAUGAAGAGGACGAAGAGAUGUUUAUGUUUCCAGGGAAAAAGUUGGAAGAAGGGUUGUACAUCAGGGGCAAGAAGGGCGUUCCUAAAGACCAGAGGGAUUACUUGAAGACUGAGCCUGGGACACCGAAUUUCUCUGAAACUGCCGACCAGAUUCGCCGGACACUCUCUCUGGCGUCGUUGGAUCAACUCGCCAUCUUGUCAGCAAGCCACGAAGAACGGACUAGACUCAUCACCGAAGUCUCUCGCGCAGGAAGAAAGCUUGUAUGGAGGGACGCGAGCGAAAGGCCGCUUCUGCCUCAGGAUACAGAGCGUGCAGCUCUACUAGCUCUCAAGCGCGGGCUUCGAUCAUUCAUCCUCGCCUUUUCCGUCCGAUCUGGAGUCAAUGUCCUUCUGUUGUUCUUUCGUCUUCUCCGCCGAGUCCACCCUCGGCUCACUCCUCUCCUUUUGCUCCGCACAAUCUUCUCUCCCGACUCUUGGCGCUUCGGCGGCAUGCUCGGCUCCUUCACCUUUCUCUACACAUAUACCCUGCAUCUCUUGAGGCUCGCUCCGCCAUGGAGCUAUAUCAAGAAGCGAUUUAGAUACGGUAUGUGGAGGGAGGUGAGCUUUGGACCGCCUGAGAGGGAAGGGAGUGAAGGUGAGAGAAGAUGGCAAGCGGCGGUCGCGGGAGCUGUCGGAAGCUUGGCGUUGUUGUGGGAGACUAAGGGGCGGCGGACUGGUGUCUCGCAGCAAAUGUUUGUAAGAGGACUCCAGGCAGCAUACAACCAGUACACCCCCCGCCUUGGAAUACACAUCCCUCAUGGUGAUGUCCUUCUCUUCGGUGCCUGCUGCGGACAAAUCAUGUUUGCGUUCCUCAUGUCGCCAGAGACGAUACCGAAAGAGAUCCGAUCAGCGUCAAGAGUCCCUCAGUUUGCCAUCACUGCUAAUCGAACACAAGUUCGGCAAGGCUUCGUCGGCGAAGACAUGAUCCAACAGGCCCUCAAUUCCAAGGGCAUUACCCCCGAGAACCGGAUCAGGCUCACCGACUAUCUAUCUUCCAUUCGCUCCGGCCAUCAACCCAACGCAGCUCCCUGCGCAAUGAUCCAUCCCUGGCGCUCCGACUGCACAUCCACAAAUCUCGCCCGCUUCUUUUCCGUAUUCCGAUUCAUGCUGCCCAUGUACUCGGCACUGCAUCUGAUACCGAUGUUGGUGUUGAGGAGACAUUCGAUGAGAAGGAACCCGGUGGGAAUGCUGGGCAAGGCGUUGCUGGGGAUCAGCAGGAGUUGCAGUUUCCUUGGGGUAUUUGUCUUUAUCUAUCAAGCUCUGUUUUGUGCGCGGGUACAAACGCUGGAACACGGCCGCGGUCCAACUUGGCUUCGAUCGCUUCUUCAAAAGAAACAAGUCUUUUGGGGUAUGGGCUUUGCCACCUGCCUCAGCCCAUUUGUCGAAGAAAAGGCAAGACAGAAACGCCGUGCCGAGCUGACAAUGUACGUCCUUCCCCGCGCCCUCGAGUCUGCCUGGUCUGGCGCCAGAAAGAGGGCUUGGGUACCGAUCGUGCCCUUUGGGGAGACCAUCCUGGGGGCCGUGGCUAUGGGGAUGGUCAUGGAUGCUUACAAGCACCAACCUGAUGCUAUAUCGGGUAUCGUCCGUAAACUGCUUUUCCAGAUCAUUGGACCGGUCUGA